AAAACCAAAGAAGAAGAAGAGGUGCGACAGAGCCGUCUGCUGGGGCGGAGGGAGGUGUGCCCGGGUCUACUGGUUUCUGCUGAUCUCAGCUGGUUUCUGCUCAUUGUUACUGGACUCUGCGGUUCCGUACUGGUCUGACACCUGGUCCCGGAUCAGAUGCCUGGGUUCGAGUUCAGAGUUUCGGAGGAGGAGGUGCUGGUCCCGGGUUUGAGGGUCCUGGUUACCGGGGCGACGGGUCUUCUAGGCCGAGCGGUGUGCAAAGAGUUUCAGAACAACGGCUGGUUGGUUAUUGGGACUGGAUACAGGAGAGCUAGGCCCCGCCUCCUCCGCUGUGACCUCACUGACGAGGAUGCUGUCAGAGGGCUGCUGCAGGAGUACAAGCCUGAUGUGAUCGUCCACUGUGCUGCAGAGAGACGCCCAGAUGUUGUGGAGAGACACACCGAGGCAGCCGUUAAUCUGAACGUGCACGCCACGAGCACGCUCGCCAAGGAGGCAGCCGUGUGCGGAGCGUUCUUCCUCUACAUCAGCACUGACUACGUGUUCGACGGGAGGAAUCCUCCGUAUGGAGAAGACGACAGUCCCAAUCCUCUCAAUGUUUAUGGACGAAGCAAACUGGAGGGAGAGAGAGAGACACUGCGACACUGUCCAGGUGCGGUGGUGCUGCGGGUGCCCAUCCUGUUCGGGGAGGUGGAGUCUGUGACGGAGAGCGCCGUCACGUCUCUGUGGCUGAAGGUCCAGGAGGCGGCGGACAGCUGCACCCUGGAUCACUGCCAGCAGAGAUUCCCCACCGACGCUCGAGAUGUCGCUGCAGUCUGCAGGAAGCUGUCCGAGAGAGCGAGACAGGACCCGUCCAUCAGAGGAAUCUUUCAUUUCUCAGCUAAAGAGCAGAUGACCAAAUACGAGAUGGCAGUCGCCAUCGCUCAGGCCUUCAACCUGCCGUCCAAUCACCUCAUACCUCUGACCGAGCAGCCGGCGGCCUCGGCUCUUCGUCCAAUCAACAGUCGGUUAAACUGUUCUCGCCUGGAGCUGCUGAACCUGAGCGUCGAACCACGACCUUUCGCCUCGGCCAUCAGCGACUGUCUGUGGCCAUUCACGCCUGACAAACGCUGGAGACAGACUGUCUUCCACUGACAGACAAGUAGACAGACAGGUAGAGACAGAUACUGAUGUCCACAUGUAUGUACAACAUAUUUACAGUGUGUAUGUGUAGCGAUGAAUCACUGUUCCCUAAGUUUCAUCUGCUGAAGUUAUCAAACCGUAAUCAGAUCAUCUGUUCGUGGAACAGGAAACAGAACAGGAGUGAUACCUGUGUGUGUGUGUGUCCUCCUGACAUCACACAGAAGGUUUUCAUUUCUUUUUUGUUUCCCGUCCAAACCUCAGUGAAAAACUAAUCGAUAAAGUAAAAUCCAGUGGAGGACGGAGGACGAACGUCUCGUGCUGUGACUUAUGUUGUUGUGAACAUUAAACUUGUGAAACUGAA